AUGAAGAUAUGUAACCUAGUGUUCAACUCUCCCUUCUUCACAAAAAAGCCAGCUCAGCACCCUUCCAUCUCCAUCACAGCCGUACAUGCAUAUCUAGAAAUAUAUGCUGGUCUGAGUACAAGACGUACAACCAACAAAGCACCUCAUCUGGCCAACGAGAUCUUCUUCCACGGGCACCUCCUCCCCCUCCACCUCCUCUCCCACCUCCACGCGUCGCCGCGCUCCUCCACCAACUCCCUCGACAGCUUCACCCUCCCCAUAAAAGAGCUAUUAAGCGUGGACGAGAACAAUCGCUACAACGACGAAGACGACAAAAAUAACAUCAUCAACGGCGGCGAGAGCCGGCACGUGUCAGAAGGGAAGGGAAAAGGGAAAUCGAAGUCUUUAUCUCUCUUCGUGAUGCCGAAAUGGAGAAAGGAGAGAGAAGAAGACGGCGAUCAUGAGCAUUCAACGACGACGCAAAAACAACAAAAAUCGAGAUUCGAGCUGCUGAAGAGGUACGUGAGAUUUGUGAAGCCAUUUCUGUCGCUGCGGAGGCGGGAACAGGGGAGCUCCAUCGAGUUCCUCCGGCAGUAG